AUACAGCUUUUUGUCGCAAUAUUGACGAAAACCGUAUGUUUUUACAUUAAAAAUCCUUAAGAAAUACUAAAAAAUCAAAAAGUCUUGUUAAAAAGUGUAUAUAUUCACAUCGACCGUACGGGAGCCACAUCCACGGUGCUGCUUUCUGAUUGGUUGCCGCCAUUCCCGCCAUUUAUGUUGCAUGCAGAUGUAAGGCGCGCGCACGAUUCGAAUCCCAUUUCCAAUAAUAGAUUGAUUUCUUAUUACGGUUAAACAAUACGCAGACUAUUAAUGAACGUUUAGAAGUAUUUAAUUAUUUUUCCGAUUGUAUUACUCCAUUACCUGACACUUUACAGAAUAAUGCGGUAAUGAAGGAAACGUGCUCGAUAUUGAUUCACCUAAAUAAGUUAAUGCAAUAUGAAUAAGGUACAGCCUGUCACGAAACAACGCACGAAGGAAAACGUUAUCAUUCAUUUUCAGUGUCUGAAACUUUCCCAGUUGGUUAAAUAACAAAAUUAUUAAUGUGCUAAAAUGUUAUUUUUUCAAGUAUGGAAGAAGAAGUAAAGCAAUUGCCGGAGGGAUCAAGAAUUUCAACGUCAUCGCUAAAGGUGCCGAAAGUCCCUUUAUGCGUUUUUGCGUUAUCGCCAUCGUUCGCUAUUCAUGGAUGCGAUUCUAACGUAUUGCCGGCGUCGCGGCGCCCUGCCACCACUUUCUGGCGCCCUCUCCCUCCAACCAGACCGCGCUUUAAACCUCACAGAACUUAUUCUUACGCAUUAGCCAAGUAUCUCACAGGGCGAGUGAAACGCAGACAGCGAGAUCUCCUGUCAUUGCAAGAAGUAUUAAACACCCUGAAGGAAGUGUGGAUAUCGCCCCAAGGUUUUUCAAAAGGCACGUUUUCAAAAAUGGAUGAACGUUUUUCUCGAAAAAAUAUCUCAUCGUCAGAUACUUCAUCACCGGUUCUGCUACGAAGACGUCUGAGCGCACCUGAAACGAUUAUGAGAAAACACAUGUUGGUACAACAACGAUCUCAAGAUAGUGACAUGCAUCCGCCUUCUGACGUACGAAGUUGUCACUGGCGAUUGGAAAGUGGCAUCGGUAGCGACUCAAAUUUGAGUAAAAAGCGUGAUAUUGGUUUCAUGAGAAAAUCAACAUUAUUGAGACGGUUAUGGGGUUCGUAUAAGCCACUUUCGGAGCGAACUUCGCGAUUUUCAAGUUCUUUUUAUGAUUGGCACUACGGAAAAUCAAACGCCAGCUUGAACUCCAAUACUUCUUCUCCUGAGCAUGUAAAGUGCAAAUGCAAAUGUGGAAGCGAGGAGUUCAAAACGCCCCCUGUACCCCAAAAGGUCGUUAACACAAAAUUACAACCCCAAGCUUCAGAACAGAAAAUUCCGCCAGAAGAGUCUGCCAAAUUGAAGUCACAUUUUAGCUCUAGUCGAUCACGGAAAACAUGCCCUAGUUCAUCAUCAUUGGAAAAUCCAACAAGUUCCAACAAUAGCAGGUCGAGCACAACGAAAAACACCAGCGUUACCGAGGCUGACUCAGAAAACUGUAGCACUACAACCACGGACAAUUCUGAUUCAGCCUACACCAACACUAAUACUAACUUCACUGCCGCUUCAACCGAUAACUCAACAGCGUACACAAGCGUAUUUUCCGAUCAGUUCAUUGAAGAAAAUGGAAAUGUUGGCGAAACCGAAUGUCAAAAUAUACCGCAAGUGAACAAUAAGUUACUUCCUGAGGGAUUAAAUGAUAAUUCCACUCAGACUGCAACCACCACAAAUUUAAAUGUGAUUUCUAACAUUCAAUUGAGCCAAUCAACGCUAAACCUAAUAUUCAAUCAGGUCAUGCAAGACGCUCGAAAAUCGUCGCACACUGACAUUAAUAUAAGCGCAGUCAGUAGUCGUGACGUACCUACAGCAGAACCUCAUGUUAUCCAAGUCAAACAGGUGCCCAGCUUUUAUUUAAAAACGGAAGAAGAUAAAGUUGUCAACGCAGAUCACCAUCGGAUCUUAAAAUGCAUGGUUAGCACUGCGCGAACUGAUUUGUAUGGAAAAAGCUCUGAAGUGCAAGGAACUGUUGUACCUAGAUAUUCAGCUGUACCCCGUACCACGUCGAUGGAAGUCAACACUUCUUCGGCCGACUCGACCGACAAGGAAGACAAUAUUAGUUUAGUAGACAGCCUGGAAGGGUCAUGUUCUCCGUAUACAGAUAUGAAUCUUAACAGCAGGUUUGAUGAUAAACCAGUCAGAGGAGACAUUUCGCCUUUGUUACCAGACAAUAGCAUUAAAUCCAAUAAAUAUGAAAAGGCGUCGGUUUUCUUCAUACCAAUAGAGACUAAUUCGAAUACCGAAGUUAAGCCGGUGGCAGACCAUCUACCGGAUAAAGUGAGGGAACGGUUGUCUAAUCGGCAGAUUAGGCGUCAACAAAAGUGUCGCGAAACAAAGGACUCGGCAAAAUCGGACAGCAAUUACGUUAGUGCAAGUGAUAAUGGUCAUCAGAUGAACCUCGACAAUAGUAAGCAAAGGUUAUUAAAUUCAUUGCCCGACAUUAACUCCAAUAAGUGCAAGAAAAAAACCAAACCGCUACUGCCAAAUAUAGAAUCAAUGAAAAAAACGAAAUGUAAAACCAGUCCAAAAAGUGAAGGUUUAGAAAAACCCAAGGAAAGGUCAAAGCAGAAUAAGAAAAAAAUCGGAAAACCUCAGUCAGACCAACACGAGAAACCGCCACACUGGAUUUCAAAAACGCAACACACCGUUUUGGAACAGCUAUCGCCGUUGUACAUCACCAAGCGAGAUUACGCCUACAGCGUUGUCCCCAAUCGAAUUUACCAUAAGACUGAAUUCACGAACUCAAAUAAGCACAUUGAAAUUUUGGAGAUUGUAGACUGCAUCGAACCUUUGUCUCAUCGCGAAAGUUCCCGACGACACCCCAAGACGAAACACUCCAAAAUCCCGGUUUUGGUACAGUCGAAAUUGCCAAGCAUCUCCAAAAGUGUUAAAAAUGAAAAGCCGAGAUUUUUGGAUUUCGAACAAGGCCAAGAAGAUGACCCCAAAAUUGACCAGCUAAUUGCCAACAUAUUAAUAGACGCUUUGAAUAAGAACGAACCGCAAAGUUCACCCGAAGACAAAGCGAGCGACCACAAAGUCGAGAAACGUCCACCGGUGACCCCGCCCGCUCCUCUUCGACAAUCCAAUAAGUAUCAACAGAUAUUUGAGGCGAUCCCAGAGGAGCGCGCUUCGUUGAAAUCCUCGUCUGAGGAUGCUUCCGAUCCAACUAAGCGUACCGAGAAAGAAGAGCGAAAACAGGGAGCAAGUGGAGAGAAUGAGUCGUCCGUACCAAAAGGUUGGGUUACAUUCUACACGGUUCCUAAAGGUGAAGACAGCACUUCUGAAGAAGGAAGGACGCAUAAGUUGGUUGCUGAUAGAACCGAUUGUAAAGAAAAUUUGAAAUGCGACUACAACCAACACCUAAAUUAUACUAUGGCCAGCCCUGAUGAUACGAAAGCACAGAAUGUAGAGCAAAAGCUUAAUCGUCAAAUACAUGUAGUUCCUUCAGUUAUUCGUGAUAGUUUCGAUACGUGGAGUAGUAGCGAUCAAGAAAAACAUACGAAAAUUCUAUAUCCUUUGCCAUCGAUUUAUAAAAAUCAACCGCAGAAAAAGAGCAGAGCGAGAAAUUCACAUUCAUUCCCAUCGAACAAAUCAACAUCUGGUGAAUGGACGGUGACCGUGAGCGGUGUAACGAGCGGACGAGACUUUGCACCCGAUUUGGAAAUGCGUCUCACAUUUCCCCACAACAAAAAAUCACUUCCAGAUGACUCUGCUGCAAAAAAAAAUGUUAGAAAGAAAGGCGCACCGGAGACUAAUAAACAUUCUGGGCAACUACCACACCUAAAGCAGAGAGGUGCCAAAACUACCAGGUUGUGUGAAAGCGGCCAUUUUGGAUCAAACAUUAGAGAUUUUUCUAUUGUGGAACCAAGACAAACACGUACAAGUACUAGAAGGCUUCUCUUAAAUAGACCAAGAGGACAUCUGUCACCUGGUGAUUAUCUAGAAAUAGAUACGGAUAAUAGUCAUAUGGCGGAGAUUCUUAGAAGAAUUCCCGAAUUAUUGAAAGUCACCGGAAAUGCUAUUAGUCCUGAGCGCAAACCGCGAGCAGCCACCAUGAGUGAAAAAGACCUUACUAAGCAUGUGUACAGAAAUUCGUAAAUGUUAUAAGUAUUUGUAAUUUCAUAUGAAAUGUUUAAUAAAUGCAUCUUAGUACCUGCCA